AUGGAGGAGAUUCCUAACACCUCACACUGGAAACUGUAUACAUUCUCACAGUUUCUCUGCGUAAACCGCAAGAUCGUCAAAAUGCAAUCCGCUAGAACCGAUCCUUCUCAGAAGGCUAUUGGCGACAAAGUCGUAUAUGACCAUAUUGCCGGUGGAGCCGAGCCCCUGAUCCCCGGUAACCAAGUGAGCAAUAUUUCAAGAAUUCCGCAUGCUUCAGGGAACCAUCGCUAG